UGGUUAACUGCUCUGGUACCCCCUGUGGUUAACCUCUGGAGACUGGAGCAGCUCCUCACCCACCAAGGGCAGGGGGAUGCUUCAACCCUGCCAUGGAUGGGGCACUCUAGCCCAGAGAAUGCAGCCUCUGUCGGGGGCCUGGGUGCACCACAGGCAGGGGCUGCUUCAGCCUGUGUAUGAUAAUUCUGUUUUUUACUAUAGUUGUAGCCCUAUUAGCCUGGUACUGAAUUUAAGCUUACAAAUCUGUAAUUGCCAGGAUUGAUUUUGGAGCCUUUUUAAAAUUACCAUGGCAGUAGCUAUCGUCAGUCACCUGUCAAAGAAACUGAUUUCAAUGAAAAGUUACAUACCCCAGAUAGGAGCUCUGCAAUUUCGUAUUUGUAUUUUGCCUUCAAAAUGGCAUCUGGUCCUGCUGACUCGUAUUGCUGUUUCACAUAUCAGUUUCUCCCAAAACAUUUUCUACACAUACCUCAAGCUGGAAUGGUUCCUCAGAUGUGUCAUCAUAAAAGGAUUGGCUCAGGUGUGGGAAUCCCCCUCUCAUCCUCGUCAGCGAAGGUGGAUGGAAGGAAUUUAUUUAUCUUCUCCGUUAUGGCCUUGUCUUCCUUGAAUGUUCCUUUAGCACCUUGAUCGUCUAGUGGCCCCACUGAUCGCUUGACAGGGGCCAGUGCCAGCCAGAGGAAAUUAACAGAACAGUGAAUCAUCAAGUGAUCCCUCCCCUACAUUCCAGAAGCGCUGCAGAAUGGAUCUUGUUGAGGAUUAACCGGUGAGAGAGGCCCAUCAGCAGGCUUGCCUGUGACUCCCUGUUGAAAAAUCUUAAUCCGUCCCAUAAAACCUCCAAUUGGUGCGGUGGUGCUGCACAUCGGCGUGUGGAGCUCAGAGUGGCAGGUAGCCUGAGCAGAAGAGAAGUGCUCCUCAGCCGGACCCCGGAGGCUGACCCCGCUGGACACAAGAAUGAAGCUUCUGGAGCCCUGGAAGUUAGCCCUUAUUUCUCUGGCUGUCGUGGUCUUUUUGGCCCUUGUCAUUGGUCUGCUUGCUUAUUUUUUGCUCAUGGAUCCGGAGAUGUACUUCUACAACGGAAGCUUUAAAAUCACUAACGUCCAGUACACCCCUGACUUUGACAAGCAAACCUCAAAAGAGUUCCGGGGACUGAGCGCAAACAUCGAGACACUGGUGACCAGGGCAUUCCGAGCCUCAUCUUUAAACAAGAAGUACAUCAGGUCCCAUGUCAUCAAACUGAGCCCAGAUGCCAGAGGCGUGGCGGUGGAGAUUGUGCUGAUGUUUCACUUUUCCUCAAACGAUAACAUGGCUUCCUACUUGGAACGAGUCAGGAACAUUUUGCUUCAGGGGCUGCAGACCAACACUGGGUACUUGCAAAUCGACCCCUCCACUUUUGAACUCUCAGGGAUGAAAAAGGAAAAUGGACAAAACCUUCUCAACAACUGCUGUGGGAUACGAAUAUUGAAUUCGCCUUUCUACUCGGACAGAAUAACCGGAGGCAGGACUGCGCAGGAAGGGGCGUGGCCGUGGCAGGCUAGUCUCCAGCUGAGUGGUAUCCAUCGCUGCGGCGCAACGCUGAUCAGUGACUCGUGGCUUGUAACGGCAGCCCACUGCUUUAGAGGCCAACGGAAUCCCAGCCUGUGGGCGGCUAGCUUUGGAACCGUGAUACGGCCUCCGAAGGGCAGACGCAACCUCCGCAGCAUUAUCGUUCACGAACAAUACACGGACACCCUGCGCAACCACGAGUACGACAUCGCGGUCGUCCAGCUGGCCUCCCCCGUCGAGUUCUCAGGUGACAUACGCAAGGUCUGCCUCCCCGAAGAAUUUAGCGUCUUCCCCCCCAACACCAGCUGCUUCGUCACGGGAUGGGGUGCAUUGCAGGACGACGGCCCAAGCGUUAAUAACCUGCGGCAGGCAGAAGUGAAGAUCAUAGACACAGACAUUUGCAACCGAGCAGAAGUGUACAGUGGGUUCAUCUCGCCGGGGAUGGUGUGUGCUGGAUACUUGGAGGGGAAAAUCGAUGCCUGCCAGGGUGACUCUGGGGGCCCCCUUGUGACUGCCGACUCUAGAGGAAUCUGGUACCUUGUUGGAAUAGUGAGCUGGGGAGACGAAUGUGCUAAAAGAAAUAAACCUGGCGUCUACACACGAGUGACUUACUAUCGGAAUUGGAUCGCUGCUAAAACUGGCAUCUGAAGUGUGGGUUAAGCAAGCCAGGAGCCCCAAAAAACUGUGCUCUGUAACUGUCUGAAGCAAGUGCCGGUUCUAGCUUGGGGUAACGUUCUGGCUGCUUGGCAACUUGUCUUCAAACUCUGAAACGCUCUGGCCUGCCCGGGGUGCGAACGGACUUACCCCAAGAGCACCAUACACUGACUGGUUUGUCUGGCUUGGAAAGUGUAUCUACUGCUUCCGGGCAAGGCACGUUAUCCUGCAUCCUCAACCGAAGGUUGAGAACCCUCUUGCCUUCCACCCUCUGCGCUGCUCCCCUCCUGCUGGGAUCGGCCGUCUUGGCCACCGUCUUCCUCGCCGAGCACAAUGUCCCCCUGGUUGGAGCCCAUCCACGCAGCUCGCCAGUCGCCAUGGCCUUUUCCUCCAGUCGCCGAGUGCCUGGCUGCCUGCGUUACCCCAGCACAGGCAUGGACGUCAACGAAAUUUCACUCCGUGGCAGCACAGGGCAUUACCAGGAGGCCACCGCACGUGGCCUUCAACUGCAACUCCAUGGCUGGCAUCAGAACCAUGUUAGUACCAAAGGCCAGUAUUGCUGUCUUCUCCUGCAGGGCCACAUGGGGCUGUGUCACCGAGUACCUUCUGCUGGGGAUAUCUUCUAGAUGCAGUAGCUACUCGACACUCGUGGCCAGGCAGGCCACGUGUGAACCAGGUUAUGUCAGGCGCACAAACCUUUGGCCAAUGUGUAAUCCACAUGCUAACAGAAUCAUGCUAACAUGUAAUCCCUAACAGAAAGGCACACCUCUGACUUGUCUGAACUUCAGAGGAGCUCUGAGCCAGGGGACAUUUAUUGAGCAGACGCAUUACAGCAGUGCCUAAGAGCCAACCAAGAAUAGCAGGCAGUCCCUGUCCUAAAGCACUCUGCCUACAUAACCCCUUCAUCUCUCCUCCCUCCCUUCCAUCAGGAAGCAAAGCAGAGACUGUAUCCCACUGCAGGCACCAAUACAGGCCAGGCAUUCCACUCCUCAUCCCAAACAGCCUUUUCUCCUGAGCCUUUCAACCCCCGCCCCCUCCAAGUCCUCCACUUCUCACUGUUGUGGAGGAGAGCCUCACAGAUGCAGAACCAUACCCAGAUGUGUGAAGCAACUUGCUUGGCACAGGUGAAGCCACAGCUGGAGCAUUGUGUCCAGGUUUGGGCCCCCCGUGACAGAAAGGAUGUGGACGCAUUGGAGAGGGUCCAGCGGAGGGCAACAAAAAUGA